GCCCGCGUGCGCGAGCGCGCGGACCCAGUAGCCCGCGAGAGGCUCGGGUUUUUUAUCUGUAAAAUUCGGGUAUUAGGAAUACUUGCUGCGUUAUGUUCUGAGCCCCUAUAUUUUGUUAGCCGCUUUAUAUUUUUUUGGUAUAUUAUACGUGCAACUGGAGCUUGAACAAGUCUUUAGGGCCUCCAUCUUUCAGUGAACUCAUUAGGGAAAUGGAAUAGGGAAAGGGCUGGACUAGCUAGCCACAAGGCCCCUUCUUGGCUCUAACAUUCUCCGGAUCCCAAAUUAUUAUUUAUUUUGUUUUCAUUUGUUAUUUGUUAUGUAUAAUCAUGACACAGUAUCCUGAAGCCAUGGAAGGCUGUGUGGAGCGGAAGGUCUGGGACAAAUUUCAGAAGACAGAGCACUGCUUCCUCCAUGAACAGAAAAUGAACAAAUCCCAGGAACCAGUGUCAUUCAAAGAUGUAUGUGUGGACUUCACCCAGGAAGAAUGGUUUCUGUUGGAUCAUGCUCAGAAGAUACUGUACAGAGAUAUGAUGCUUGAAAAUUAUAGCCACCUUGUCUCAGUAGGGUAUUGCAUUACUAAGCCAGAAGUGAUCAUCAAGAUAGAGCAAGGAGAAGAACCCUGGAUAUUAAAGCAAGGAUUCUCAAGCCAGUGUCACCCAGAAAACUGGGAAGUUGAUUACCUAAUAGAGAGCAGCCAGGAAAAUCAAGAUGAACAUUUUUGGCAGUUUGCGCUCACCACCAACAAAACAUUAAGUGGUGAUAGAGUAAGGAAAACUUUCGGUCUGGGUACAGACUGUGUUCCUUCAAGAAAUGUUUCAAAUGAGAUAUGUGACACUUGUGAAAUGAAUUUAAAGAAUAUUUCAGGCUUAAUUAUUAGUAGAAAGAACUAUUCUGGAACAAAGCCUGGUAAGUUUAAUUUAUAUGAGAAAUUGCUUUUUGAUAUUAGGCAUGAUAAAAUUCCUACUGGAGGGAAAUCUUUUAACUAUAAUCAAGAAAGGAAUAUGCUCAGUCAUGUCCAGGAUCUUACUCAGCCAAUUAUUGACAAGACUUUCGAGUAUACUGAAAAUGGACAAGGCUUCCAAGAGGAGGCAGUGUUUUUCUCAAACAGGAAAGCUCAGAUAGGAGAGACACUCUGUAAAUAUAAAGAAUGUCAAAGAGCCGUCAUCCAAAGUUUGAAACUCAAUUUAUCUCAGAGAACUCAUUUGAAAAGGGAACAAUAUGAAUGUAGUAUUUGUGGGAAUUCCAUCUGUAUGGAUUUAAGAUUGGGACAUCAAAGCGCUCUUACAGGGGAGAAUCCUUACGAAUAUAAUGAAUAUGGGCAAAUUUUCUGUGAUAAUUCAGCUUUCAUUAUCCAUCAGAGAACUUAUGCAGGAAAUAUUCCCCAUGAAUAUAACGUAAGCCACAAAACAGAGAGGAAAUCAGCUCUCUUUAAACAUCAGAUAGUACAUAUGCGGGGGAAGCCUUAUGAGCACAAAGAAAAUGGAAAUAACUACAACAAGAAGUCACAUCACACCCAACCUCGGAGAGCUCACUCAGGAGAAAAAAACUUUGAAUGUGCUGAAUGUGGGAAAACAUUCUGGGAGAAGUCAAACCUCACUCAGCAUCAGAGGACACACACAGGAGAGAAACCCUAUGAAUGUGUUGAAUGUGGGAAGUCCUUUUGUCAGAAACCACACCUUACCAACCAUCAGCGAACACACACAGGAGAAAAACCUUAUGAAUGUAAGCAGUGUGGGAAAACAUUCUGUGUGAAGUCAAACCUCACUGAACAUCACAGAACACAUACAGGAGAGAAACCCUAUGAAUGUAAUGCAUGUGGAAAAUCCUUCUGCCACAGGUCAGCACUAACUGUACAUCAGAGAACACACACAGGAGAGAAACCCUUCAUAUGCAAUGAAUGUGGGAAAUCUUUCUGUGUGAAGUCAAACCUCAUUGUACAUCAAAGAACUCACACAGGGGAAAAACCCUAUAAAUGUAAUGAGUGUGGAAAAACCUUCUGUGAGAAAUCAGCUCUUACUAAACAUCAUAGAACUCACACAGGGGAGAAACCCUAUGAGUGUAAUGGAUGUGGGAAGACCUUCAGUCAGAGGUCAGUGCUAACUAAACAUCAGAGAAUUCACACAAGGAUGAAAGCUCUUUCAACACCCUAAAUAUUUAGAAACCUUCAUCCACCCCUUCAAAUUCAUUAUUUAGUUUUUAAAAAUGAGAUUAAUGAAACCCAAAGAUCAUUGCAGAUUACUCAAAAGCUAUUGUACUUUAGAUAAUACUUGAAUAAAACCUUAUUAAUGUUUUAAAUAUGUGGAAGCUUUUAAGAAAAAAGUUUUUCUCAAAAAGAUAAUACUGGGAAAAUUUAUUCAUUUAAGUAAUAUGGAAAAAAUCUUCAUACAGAAUUUAUGUUGUCUGUCAUAUUCCGGAUGUGAUACCAAAAUUUUAUUGUAAAUAUAAUGUGUGAUAUUCACUUAUAUUGGUAUUCACAGUGUAAUUUGAAGCUUAAAAAAUGUUAAAUGGCUGUAACGUUAUACAUUUAUGUGAAGAGUCCUUAAUGUGUGCAAACCUUAUAUAAGUAUUUUAAUAUAACAGAAAUUUGAUGUAUGCUUAAUUUGUACAUUAGAGCCCAACAUACUUGUGAAGAGAAAGUAAGAACACUUAGUUAAACACUUAUUGUGGUCUAUAUUAAUAUUUCCCAUACAAAAAUACCACCAAUAUCUUCAUAGGUUUACAUAAUUACACUAUGUACAUGUAAAUAUAUUUAUACACACAUCUAGUGGUGUGCUAGAGUGAGAUCAUACUGGCUUGGAAGUAUUGCUGAUUGUCAAAUUUUCAGGAAUUUUGUGAGCCAGGUAAACACAGUCAUUGAAAAAUUAAAUUUAUAUAAAGUUACAAUUAAGUUAUAUUAAAAACAAAGGUAAUAAAUACUCAACACUCGUUACUUCCUAAUUAUUUAAUAAAAUUGUACUAUUCUUUAAGUUACUUAAAUUAUUGAAUCUGCAUGUAGAAAAUACUGUAUAAUGGUGUGCUACUGCACAAUCUCUUUCCAGCUGUACAUUCAGUGCCAUCAUGUUGGUAGCUUGACUUUAGUGGAAGUAUUUACACCAUGGAAAUUUAGUGGAAAUUGUCAAUGUCUACAAAUUAGGGUUAUUUUCUCAUAGAACCUGUUGUCAAAUAUUUACCAGCACACCACUGUGGAUAUGAGUGUAUAUUUGGAAAAUAUAAAGUACAAGCCUCAUACCCUUUCUCUUCCUGACAUAAAUAAAUAUAUGGCUAUGGCCAUUAUUGCUGAACUGCCUCUUCAAUGAAUAAGGCAAAAAUAUGUUUUUGUGUCAUUUUUAACUACUACUGCAUCAUUUCUACUCUUAAUACUACCUGCAUCUUUUUUUAGAGUGUGGCCAGUAUGUGUUAAUUCACAACCUACCUUCUGACUUUUUUUGGCAUAUAUGAAUGAGUACAGCCAUUAUUACUGAACUACUACUUCCGUUAAAAAGCUAAACUUUUUUCCUGAGGUUUUUAUGCUGCCUCUUGGUCAGUCAGGGCUGUAAUUGCUGUUAAUAAUAAUGAUACUUCCAUAUAUUUCACACAGAUUAGCAGUGGUUACGAACAGUAAUACUGCACUGUAUAAACAAACAAUAGUGACAUGUAAUGAAAUACCUCUUAUGCUCUUGGUAUUUCAUAGCUGUAUCUAUUUAGGCAUGAUAUGUGUAACCCGAGUUUAAUGUAAUCCAGGGCCUAUGUAUUUGUUUUUCAUAUAAUAGAAUAUUAUAUACUUUCUCCGUUGCCUUUGUCCUUCUGUUCCCUAUGUUUCCUUGCAACUUGUUGAUAAGCAGUUCCAAGACACUGUACGUCUUAAUUGCUGGGCUCUGUUUUGUCCUUGCUUCCUUUUCCCAGAUGAUACAAGGGUAAAUCCAGAUUAGUCGGAGUUAAUCAUGGAUAUGCUAAGAUUGUGUUGGGUGGUCAUGUUAGUGAUGAGAUAUUUGGAAAAUAUGCUGCAGUGCUUCUGGGAAAGAUCUCAGCAAUAAAAUAUUGUUAUGACAUGAGAAGACAUGCCUCUAUUCUACUGGGCUUUUUCGUAUCUAUAUGUUGUAUCAAAUUACAGUUUGUGGCCCCAAAGGGCAGUAGCCUGAAGAUAACAGUACACAGGAUGGGAAAACCCUGGCUUGGAGGUGACAUCCACCAAGAUGCACAACUCUAUCUGGACAUUCUCUCUAUGUGGACCUUAUGAUAAUAUGAUAAUAAUGGUUUCUUAUUUAUUCUUAGGGCUGUUACUUAGAGCUGAAGGCAUUCCCCUCAACAGAGGUGAAUUCUAAGUGUUAAUGUUCUAUACAGUGAUUUUUGGAAAGAAUUAUUUCUUUUGAUAAUUGUGUCAGCCAUGGUUCUGGGGGAAAAUAAAAUUCUAGAUUUUAAUAGCAGGCUUGCAGUGGGUGGACUGCACAAGUUCCAGACACAGGAAGCCAUUACAAUUCUAAAUUCUAAAGGGGGCAAAGGAUGGAAACAAGUGUUACCAGAUCCUAACAAAACUUGGUCUCAUGAAGGAGGGGCCACUGUAUAGUAGAUAUUGUCACUACCAGAAAUGUGACACCAAAUUGCUGGUGCCCCCUUUGGAGAACUCAAGCAGAUGCCACCUGCAGGUAAGCCCAAGUGGGCACAGAGAAGAUCUGGGUGGAGCCAGUGGAGAAUAAGCAGCACAGUAUUUUUAAUUCCUGUAAAUUCCUUUGUAAAGGCUCUGUAUUAGAAAUCUGUUCUACUAGCUGUGUUUUUGCUUUGUAUUGCUCUGGUGUCAUAAGUAAAUUCCUUUUGGAACUGAGCAUUGUGGCAGAUAUGUCUCUCCUUUAACAUGCGUGAAACGUGUAUUUUUGCAUUAUUCAGUGUCCAUUUAUGGUGUUUUUUGUUACAUGUGAUGUGAGGGAAACAGCUCUGUAUUCCAAAUAAAUAGCCAUUUGUC